UGCACCGCGCAAGAAUCGCGAGAGGAGGUGGCGAGGCGCGGCGGCGCCAUGAGGACCCGCGUGUGCGCGCGCGUCGGCACGCCGCAGGGCGUCGGGGCGCUGCUCCUCGUCGGGGGCGCGAUCGCCGGUGCCGCCGUCGUCGCGUGGCGGCGCCACGGUGGCGGAAAGGGCGCCAAGAAGGACCGCCGCGGCAAGGAGGACGACGUUCUGGAUGGCGGGGUCAUGGAGAAGGAGCAGCAGAAGUCUAAUCAAUCUGAUGAGAAUCUGGGCAGGGAGGUUAGAGAGGUUGAAGCUGAUGGGUUGGAUGGUAAGGAAGUAGAGGAGCUUCAAGAGAUUCAGGAGCAGGUGGAUGAAAUUCUUGCUGAUGAAUUGGAUAGCAAACCUACAGAUAAUUUGGAUCCAAACGCAAGCCAGGAAAGUGCCGAGAUCAUUAAUGAUCCGGACAGUGAAGAUGUGAAGAAUCCUGACCAAAAUUCAGUGAAGAGCUGCGUCGAGAAUGAGGUCACACCAAAUGCCACCGAAGGUGUGAAGAAUUCCGAUGAAAGCUUUCUUCCCAUCAAUAGCCCGCAGAUCACCCAUGAAGAACAUAUCGGGCACGGCCAUGGCGGUGAUCAACAGACCUCAUCAACACAGAUGACAGCGCAUCAGUCACAGAUCUCAGAGCAACUGAAAGUGGAUACCAUGACCGAAACAACAACAGUGGAGAAUGUGUCGAAGCAGAAACCGCCUGCACAAGAGCGGGUCGCGCCCAUCAACUCACCCGCAUGUCCUUCACUGCCAGCUCUGUUUAAACCAGCAGAGAAGAAGAGACCAGCGAACACAGGGUGGAAUGAGACAGGGAUGAAGCUUGGACAAGAUGGCGGCAGCAAGAAGGCAGCAGCAAAGGGUGUAGCCGUGGUGACCAUGGAUCGUAGAGCUGCUUCAAUGGCCAUUCUCGCCAUCAUCUUUGCAGUGACCAUUGGAGUAAACAUCGUCGUGCGCUUGUACUCCACUUUGCGAGCGGCAUGA